AUGGCUUCUCAUCUCGAUGCCCAUGCUCGUCCGCCUGAAGACCUCCACCCUGAUCUGUUUGAUACUCAGCGCCGCAAUCUGUCCGCCUAUCAAGACCGUAAUCUCUUUCAACAAGCUCCUCCUGAUGAUAUCACAACUGUCUAUUCUCGCUUCCUUGGCAAGCCUGUCACCACAUUGCCGCCCUCAAUUGAAUCUGCCAUAAUCUACGAACACCCAGACGCUCCAGACAUUCAGCUUGCUUUGCUGGACAAACUACUGCAUCGCGACCUCUCCAAUCCUUCCCACAACACUAAUCUACACAUGCACUAUGACAUGACAUAUCCUCAUGAUUCUGAUGGUACUACCACUUCUUUCUUCGGUAGCGAGGCAGGAAACAUCUCGCACCAGCCAAAGGACCCUUCUAUCCACAAGCCUCUACCAAUGACUUCUUGCCUAAACAGGAAAUUGCGCUGGGUCACUAUUGGCGGCCAAUACGACUGGACCCAAAAAGUCUACCCUGCAUCAGCGCCGCCGCCCUUCCCAGAAGAUGUGGCAGCACUAGUCGAAGGACUCUUCCCAUCCAUGAAAGCACAAGCGGCCAUAGUUAAUCUCUACACGCCAAGUGACACACUAAGUUUGCAUCGGGACGUGAGCGAGGAAUGCGACAGACCACUGCUUACCGACGCCGACAAGACUGCAACCAACACCCAAGAGUCUGAGGACGGACAAGACAAGACGAGAAAUGCAAGCACUAGUAUCCACUAUCUCUUGACUCCCGAGUCGCCCAUGGGCGCUUUCCACCGCAACAGAGGAAGAACGGUUCAUACACUACACAGAGGACGAGGUCGCUACGUCAUCAUCCACGCCGACGAGGUCAUGCCCGAAUACGACUCGCACUCGGGCAUAAGAUCAAAAGCAAGAGUGGAGACAUUCAUCGUUGGUCAGAACGUGGAAAAGGGAGAGAGGCUGCAGUGGAUUGUUGAUGGUGGAAAGUACAAGAAAGAUCCCGCCAACAAUGAGGGUCUCCUCAUUAGCGAGACGGUCGUCCCGGGUUUCGAGUACAGUGAUCAUGACUUUAUGAGAAUCGAACGCCUAGAAGCGCUGGUCACCAAGGAGCAGGCCAAUGAGAUGAGGUGGAUGCUUAGAAAGGACGACAAGCCAGUCUGA